AUGUCCGGAGAAGGUCCCGAAUCGAUCCCCACCUCGGCCGACCCACGCUCGCGUCGCCCGACAAAGAAGCGCGCCCUGACGCCUGUCACCGAGCAUGCCAAACACCUUGAGUCCCUCUUCUCUAAGCCCGAUCAGGAGAUUCGCCUACCGCCCGCCCCCGGAGCCGUCGCCAAGCGCGCCGUCGCCGCGCCGCCCGAGAUCGUCACCAAUGUUCAGGGCUCCAGCGCCGGCGCGGGCUCCGGCGAGUUUCACGUCUACAAGGCCAGCCGCCGCCGCGAGUACGACCGCCUGCGCGCCAUGGACGAGGAGGUCAAGCAAGAAAAGGCGAACGAAGAAUUCGAGCGUCAAAAGGCCGAGCGCGCCGCCCGCGACGAGGAGCGCACUAGGAAAAAUCGUGAGAAGAGGGAAAAGAAGAAGCAAAAAGUGAAAAGGGGACCGGCCGCGACGGGGGCUGGCGGUGCUGCCCCCAUCGUCAAGGUGACGGCGCCGACGGUUAAGGCCGACGACGCCAAGGACGCGAAUGGAGGAAGCAAAGGAACAGACACCGCGACACCAGAAGCCGCUUCGUCUGCCGGGCUCGUCAUCCACGAUGAUGAUUGA